CUGGCUGCUGCCGUCCGGGGAGCGGCUCCCGGGGGAAGACACCUCGGCGUCUGGGACAGAGACACAGUGAAACAGGAGACCUCGCAUAGCAGCGGAUCCUUCCUCUUCAUCCCCUCAUGCACUCUUCAGGUCGGACUGCAAUGAGUGGACUGAGGUCUUCUGGGCUGCUGGGGCUUGUACUCUUAAUGCUGUCAGCAGGAUACUGCAAAGAAAAAACAGACUCCACAGAUUUGAAGGACAAGCAAAGUCUCUUAAAUCUCAUCAUGGAGAUCAUUCAGGAACUGAAAAGGUACCACCUGGAGAAGGACAGUGGGAUGCAGUACUUCUCCAAGCAUGACUAUAACUUGGAUCGAAGGGAAGUGGCCGACUAUGGAGGGUACCAGGACGAGCAGAGAGUUGAAAUAGUUCCCAGAGAUCUGAGGAUGAAAGACAAGUUCUUGAAGCAUUUAACAGGUCCACUCUACUUUAGUCCAAAAUGUAGCAAACACUUUCAUCGGCUUUAUCACAAUACGAGGGAUUGUACCAUCCCAGCAUACUAUAAAAGAUGUGCCAGACUUCUUACUCGACUGGCAGUAAGCCCUAUGUGCAUGGAAGGAUAAAGAUCUUACUACCACAACAAGGAACACCAAGAACCAAGAGAAGUGCCUUGGAAACCAACAGGGAAACAGAACUUACUACCUUUUAGCGAAUUCCAUUGUGAACAAGAGAUUUAUUUUUGCAGAUUGACAGACUACUUCCCAUAAUUCUUUUAACAUGCAUUUUGUAUGUCAUUGACAGUUUGCAGAUUGACAUUCUUUACAGUAGCAUAACUGCCAGUAGUACUUAAUGCUCCAUACUUAAAAACACACUACAAUUGAUGUGUAAUGCUGCCAAAAAUUAUGUAAACACAAAUAUUUCACCAAGAAAAUUCAUGUUCUGUUGCUUAAUUCUACAGUUUUAAGGAAUGUUUGUUUGUAUAUCUAGAACUACUAAAGAUCUGCUCCACAGUAGUUGUGGUCACUCGAUAUCCUUCAUGCUUAUGCAAUUUUUAAAAAGUUUGGUUAAAACAGACUUGCAUUGGGGUCACAUUGUACCCUGGAGUACAAACUGCAUGACAAACAGGAAUGUUAUUCCAAGUAGACAUACUUUUUGGGACAGUGGAGCAUGGAUUUUGUACACAAACACAAGCUGCCAUUAAUUUACUUUAUAUAAUAAAUGUAUAAAACAUUCCAGUGAACGUGCAAUAUGUAAAUACUGUAAAUAACAAGCAUAAGUAAUAAAGUGUUUGGUAUUAAGUUGUUCUCAGUUUGCUCUCUGGUCACUGAAUCCAGGUAAACAAAUUGCCUUCUGGCAGCUACUAUCAUUUAUCCAUACUUCCAUCUCUUUCCACAGAGUUCCAGUUGUGUAAGAAGGAAAGGUUACUCACUUCAGAGUUCAGUAACCUGAACACCUUGGAUUUAUGAGGAUAGAUAGAUUUGUGUGUUUCAAACCCACAGAAUGCCCAGACUACCAAGGCUGCUACAAUUCUCUACAGCAUUAUAAAAUGGAAUAUUUUUUAAGACUAACAGAUGCUCUGAGGUUUUUGUUUGGGUUUUGGCUUUGGUUUGGGGAGGGGCUCUCUGUUUGUUUUUUAAUAAUGUGCAGUCUGUUCAUGAUACUGCAAGACAAUCUAAUCAGAAGAUAUCCAGGAAAUCCUAGUCUUGUAGAAUUUCUAAGGAGUAAGUGUUACGCCAAAAACUUCGGCAUACAUUUCCCUUUCUUCCUUAAAUCAGAUAUUAAAUCCAGUUGUCACAGUAAAAUGACUCAAACAGGAAGAAAAAUUUUAUGUGCAACCUAUAAAUCCAUGUAUUGGGUUUGCAUGGCCAGGUUUUGGUACUAGAGAGGCUACAGGGGUGGCUUCUGGGACCAUCUGCCAGAAGCUUCUCCAUGUCCAGCAGAACCAAUGCCAGACAGCUCCAGGAUGGAUGUGCUGGGCCAAUCAGAAAUGGUGGUAACACCUCUGUGAUAACAGAGCUAAGGAAAAUUUUAAAAAAAGUCAUAGUCACAGUUGUAAUUGCAGCUAGAGGUAGUGGGGUGAGAACAUGAGAGGAGCAGCCCUGCAGACAGCAAGCAGGGUCAGUGCAGAAGGAGGGGCAGGAGGUGCUCCAGGCUCCAGAGCUGAGAUUCCCCUGCAGCCCCUGGGGCAGCCCAUGGUGAGGCAGCUGUGCCCCUGCAGCCCAUGGGGAUGCACAGGGAUGCAGAGAUCCACCUGCAGCCCAUGCAGGAGACCCACACUGGAGCAGGGGGUGCCUGAGAGGAGGCUGUGACCCCGUGGGAGGCCCGUGCUGGAGCAGGGUCCUGGCAGGGACCUGCAGGGCUGUGGAGAGAGGAGCCCACCCUGGAGCAGGUUUGCUGGUGGCACUGGUGACCCUGUGGGGGACCCAGGCUAGAGCAGCCUGUGCCUGAGGGACUGCACCCUGUGCAAGUGAUCCACCCUGCAGCAGUUUGGGGGGAAUUGGUGCCUGUGGGAUGGACUCACACUGGAGAAGCUCAUAGAGAACUAUUUCCAGUGGGGAGAACCCCAUGUCAGAGUAGGGGAAGGACUCCUCUCCCUGAGCAGCAGCAACAACCUGGGAUUGACUGACCAUAACCCCCAUUCCCAUCUCCCUGCACUGCUGGGGGAGGAGGAAGAGGUGGAAGGAGGAGUGGGGGAAAGGUAUUUUUAAGGUCUUAUUUUACUUCUCAUCACCCUGCUCUGAAUUUGUUAGUAAUAACUUCAGUUAAAAUCCCCAGCAUGAGUCUGUGUUGCCCAUGACACUUUUUGGUGAGUGACCUCUCCCAGUUCUUAUUUCAACCCAUGAACCUUUCAUCUUAUUUUCUGUCCCCUGUCCAUUUGGAGAGGGGAGCAAGGGAGAGGCUCUGGUGGGUGCCUGGCAUCCAGCCAGGGCCAACCUACUACAAACAAACCACUUUUAUCUCAAUCCUGGCAUUUACAGUUUCCAUUCUAUCCUCAGUUUGAACCACAAAAUGUAAAACCAAAACCAAACAUGACCCUCCCCACCCUGAGAACAAUAGGAGCUGAGAUUCUAGAAACUGCUUUCAGUGAUGACUACAUGCUAAGUUCCAUGUCUCAGUGGAUGCAAUACAUGCCUGCAGAAAACAUGGCUGUUGAAGAAAUCAACUUCUAUGGGAUUCACUAAAGCUGCUCAUCUGCAGUAAACGUGGGUGGAACUCUGAGCUUUGCUGUGGGCUCCACUGACAAGACCACAGACUAAUACUUAACAUGGGAGUUUAAAAUAUUGAAGCUUUCUUUUUCUACUAGGAUACUCAAAAUCUGGCUAAACAAAAACCUACAAGAAAACCUCCUUGUAAAAGGGAAAUAGCAAUUUAUUAUUUCAUGAAUUAAUAUAAAUAAAUUAAUCCCCUAGAAGUUCUCUCUAGAUUUAGCAGAAAUCAUCAUACUCUGACAGAAAACACACCUAUACUAGACUACAGCACUUUUUUUUAGUCUUAAGUUUACCACUUAUAACAAGCUGUGGGGGUAGGGAGGGAGAAACAGGAGUCAGUUCUGUAUUUUUUCAUUCAAAAUUACAUUUUUCAUGAGUGGUAUUUUGGAUGUGUGAGCGCUUAGUCAUCUGUAUGCUAUAUGAUUUGUGUCUUAAUCCUGUUUUCACUGUUCCUUCUUGAACCCAAAUAAUGGUUCUGUGCAACUGUCCUUCCUGAAGGGAAUCCCUGUUCUGUAUUCUGGGCUUUUACAAAUUUACAUAAAAUACCAUUGUGCACCUUCCCCUCUUCCAUUACAAAAAAACCCCUACUAAUUAUAAAAUAAAGCAACCAGCUUUUUCUUCCUCGUAAAGGUGGUGAAUUAUUAAGUCACUAGAUUGCUUGCUGAAAGUCUGUCUCAAGGCUGAAACUUUAAAAAUGUGAACUGAAUUUAACACGAGUUUUGACUAAGUAUCACUUUUCAGGAAGAUUCCUAAGCCCAGUGAAGGUAAACAACCAUAUCCUCUUAUUUCCUUUGUUACCCCAGCAGCUCAAAGAUAAAGAUUUAAGACCUUUCAAUCUCAGCUUUAAUAUGCAGGAAACUAUGGGCUGAAUUCCUACGUAGCCAUGAAUGGGAAAGCACAAACCAUCAUGUUCUCAAUCUUAUGAGUUAUUUUACCUCCACUGGAAUAUUUGAAAUGAUCAUUCUGGCAGGGAAUAACACCAGAUUCUGCCUAAAUACUCCCACCUUUGAGGUUAGUACAUCAAACCACAUUUAGGAUGUUUUGUCCCUAACUGCCCAUCAUUUUCACCCAUUUACUUUGUCAAAACAUUAAUAAACAAAUAAAAAGUAUUUUUUCCAGAGUCAGUACUUAAUUGGAUCUGAAAUAGCGUAUAACUCUUUGCCCCUGAAAAGUGAAACAGCUAUUAGCUUCAAAUUCCUAACUUAUUUUUAGAAGUCAAAACUGAUGAUAAUACAAUAAUGUGCAAAGAUUCUGUUUUCUGUAUUUAAGCAUUCCUCCUACCAUCUGCCUUUUCUAAGCAAGUUCUGAAGUUUUAUGUCUGAUUGAAAUUUUAGCACAAAACAGAAAUCUCAUUAACACAAACACAUCUAUUCUACAGAAAAAAAUCCCAAGAAACUUAAUCCCCAUUUUGAAGUCUGCAACAAACAGAGUGGCACCAGGAUUCCAACCUCCCCAAGAACAACACAAUCUUCUGUUGAAAUCCAUCUCUCUCCCAAAAGGCUGAGCAGGUGACAAGUACAUAGACUACAAGUUUGGAAGGCAGCAAGAGACAAAAACAAGGCCAAAUAAGAAAACAAAUUUUAUAGAUCCAGUUUUACAGAUAAUGUGGUAAUGCUAGUUCAUACCAAUGCUGAGAAUAUUCAAAACAGGAAAAUCAUCAUGGUAUCAUUUAUAUUACUGAUCUCAGUACAUUUACAUGUCUAAGGCAGACAGGAAGGGUGAUACUCAGAAAAGCAGGUAUAGACUUUUACAAGCAUUCAAAUUUUGUCCAAGAGCAGAACUGUCUACUUUACUGGCCUUCUGCUGACUUAGUAUUUUAUUACAGAUGGAUUGUCUUUACACUGAACUAUACUCUCAAAGAACACUUUUGACAGGCUGUACAUCCUCCUGAGUAAAUCU